AUCGGUAAAGCCGAGUACUUUUCACACUUGACUUUUGAAAUUAUUAAAAGCACUCGAGCGUUUUAAAUUUUAAUCUAUAUUUAGAAAAUAUUAACUUCCUUACAUGGCGAACUAUCAAAUGUUUACAUUGUGAAACGAGGAAUUUAUUAUUUCAAAGGAUUCAAGGACUUCUACAUGUGAUGCUUCAUACUACAAACAUAUUUUGUACUUUUAUCCUGAUACUGUGCAUUGCCACUUUUGGUGGUGUAUCAACAGAUACCCAAGGAACAGGAAUAUUGUACACAGAGAAUAAACGUUUAUGUCGGAAUAUAACAUGGAAACUGGAGAGUCAUGCUGUAUUUGUAAACCUGACAACAGUCCUGAAAAAAGGAGACGGUCAGGAGAGAAAGGUGGAAACUGAAGUGCUUAAGUCUGGAUUAGUUAAUAUAACUACAGCGAGGGAAAUUUGUUGUCCAGGCUUCUUUAAAAACAACAGAGGGAGAUGUAAAAAAUGCCCUAAAGGUACAUAUGGUCUAGAUUGUCUAAAUUUAUGUGAUUGCACGGGCUUCAAAAAGUGUGACCGGAGAACUGGAGAAUGUAAGAAAUGCAUAGAAAGGACAUGUGAAGAUGAUGACGGAGGAGAUGAUGAUGAUGAUAACUCCACGGUUUCAACCAAAGACAAUAGUACAACACCAAGACCACAGUCAACAGAAAAUAGUUCUGCACCUUCAACAGCUAUAAGUGCGACUGAAGCUGACCAUGGAAUUGAAUAUAAUAUAACUACAGUUCAUCCUUGUGAAAUAUGUAAACAGUAUGGUAACUGUUCUAAUUUACCCGACUGUGCAGUAUCAGCAGGACGUGGCAGUAAUAUUAAAAAAGGCUUAGGAAAGGGUCAUACAAUAUUGAUAGCCGUUGUUCUGUCUUUAGCCAUACUCACAAUUUUAUUAAUUACAUGUAUUGUCUUAAGAGAAAGAAAUCACAGAAAGCAGAAACAGAAAAUAAAAGAAUCAGUACUAAUAAAAUUUUCCAGCUCAGAUGAAACUACAGAGUAUGUCGAUCCAGAACCUGUAUAUUCUGAAAUAAAGGAAGAAGAAAUAGGUGUACGAAAUGGGAACUGUUAUAAACCAAACCUUCCAGACAGACCUGUCAAUAAUGAAUACUAUAAACUGCCAGAAGCACCAGAAGCACCAGAGGUAGAUGAAAACAUUGAGACAGAUGAGUGUGGGUAUCUCAAUCCUUACACUGCAUUACGAUUCGCACGAAGUGAAAGUAAUCUGUUCAGGGACAGGGACUUGCGGGUUAAAGGAACUUACGAUAUGACAUAUUCUCUAGCAAAAGCGAUACAAAGGGACGAUAACUCAAGUCCCCAGGAUCAUGGAGAUUUAGAUAAACUCAUAAAUGAUUCUAGUGCGAAAGAUGAACGGUCUAGUGAUGUGCCGGUGUAUUUUGUGCUGGAAAAAAAUGCUAAUCAGACUGAAUCUCAUUAUAACCCUGAACGAGAAAAACUUUUAAAACGGGAGUCAAAAUUAAGGUCGAGCAUUUAAUGUAGAGAACACAUGAUUAUGUGCAAUAUUUAUUGUAGAAAUUGUUUUAUGUCAUUAUGUCGUUGCUUUGAAUUCUAAGCUGCCAAAGGUCAGUCUUUAUAGUAAUGCAUCAUUGUUUGAUCUGUAAUAAUUAAGUGUCCUUUAUACUGCAUGGUACUUACUUUUUUAAUUGAUUAAUUGAAUAUUCGAUUGGUAUUUCUAACGUUUUAGCUUUAGGAUAAUGCUUUGGACUAAAGCUUGAAUUGCAAUUUUCUAGAAAAAGUUUGUUUGAACUUUUUUAGAUGCUCUGUUCAGGUUAAUUCAGCUAUUUGUGUCUCAAUCAUUUUGUGUAUUUUGUCUCAAACGUUUUGUGUAUAUGUGCAAAAAAUAUUUUAAACUCUGCUUGUGUAAGCCGUGAUCAUAGGUCAUUUGAUUUAUUUGUUGAUACAUAAUUUGCACUACAGUAGAACAUAAAUGAAAUGUGUGUACAAAAACUGUCAAUUUGACAUGAUAUAAACAGAAAUUACCGUGCUUGUAGAUAUUUUAACUGCCGACCAUGUGUCAAGCACAUGUGUAUCAUCAGUUUACAUUAUGGUGGUCUGCAGUAGUUCUUUAAAUUUGGGUAUGUAGCUAAUUGGAAUGGUUCAUCAACUAUAAAUGUAUAGGUUACAUAACCUCAUAUCAUGAUAAAUUAAGGUCUGAAUAUGACUGUAUGUACUCUCACUAACAAAACAUAUUUUGUAUAUUAUAUUGUGCAUUCGAAUAUGUUUUUUUU